AUGUGGACAGUCUUAUGUGUUUACUUAGUGAGUACAGUUGAUCAUUUUCAUAUAAAUAUCGAAUAACCUACACAGCGACUCCAGAAAGGGAAAAUCAGCGCGCGCUAAAUAAAUCAUCGCACACGACUGCAGUACAAAGCCAACACAAACCAAAAUGGCGAAAGGAAUGUACUUAGAACAUUAUUUAGACAGUAUCGAGGGACUUCCCUGCGAGUUGCAAAGAAACUUCUCAUUAAUGGAGGAUUUAGAUAAUAGAACUGAAGAGAAAAAGGCAGAGAUAAGUGUACUAGCUUCUGAGUAUAUUGCAAAAGUUAGAAAUCUGGCAUCUGAGGAGCGUGUCCAGCAUUUAAAGAAGAUUGAAAAUGCCUACAACAAAUGCAAAGAGUACAGCGAUGACAAAGUUCAGCUAGCAAUGCAGAUAUAUGAAAUGGUGGAUAAACACAUUCGGAGAUUAGAUGCUGAUCUUGCACGCUUUGAGAAUGAUCUGCAGGAGAAACUUGACUCAGGCAGUCUGGAUAGCUCAGAUGAAAAGCAGCCUCGAAAAGAUAAGAAUAUAAAAGACAAGAGGGCAUCCCAUGGAAGAGACAAGAAAGAAUCAGAUCAAGACUCACCCAAGCAGAAAAAGCUGAAAAAUGGUGCAAAUAUAAGUGAAUCUCUGCUUGCCAUGCACCCAUCAGAUGUCCUGGAUAUGCCAGUGGACCCAAAUGAACCCACUUAUUGUUUAUGUAGUCAAGUAUCAUAUGGAGAAAUGAUUGGAUGUGACAAUUCUGAUUGUCCAAUAGAAUGGUUUCACUUUGCUUGUGUUGGCUUAACAACCAAACCAAAGGGAAAAUGGUACUGCCCACGAUGCACCCAAGAGAUGAGAAAAAAAUAGUCUUCUUCUACAGUGCAUCCUAAAUCAAAUGUCCAGUUAUUACAGCCUGUUCAGUGGAAAUCAAUUACCUUUUUGUAAAUGUGCCUUUUAUGUCUAGACGACCAUGAAUGUAACAAUAGGGAAUAAUAUUCUAUGUAUUUUCCAGUAGGUGCCUGCAGAGGGCUUGGAUCUCUUUUCAUUUUGCCUUAGAAUAAA